AUGACGGAUAUAAAGCAUAGUCGGGAUGCAUAUUCAACCAGGACAAAAAUAAAAGCGUUCCCACUCGUCGAUGAAGUGAUGCAAGCCGGGCUGCUGGAAAGAUUUCACCUACCGCAGAUUACACCUUUCACAUGCAAAACCGACCCAACGGAACACAUCGAAUGCUUUCGAACAUAUAUGGAACUGCAUGAUGCCUCGUAUGCCAUAAUGUAUCGAGCUUUCUCCCUCACCUUAGCCGACGUAGCCCGACUAUGGUUUAAGCAGCUGAAACCAAAGUCUGUCAGCACAUUCGCGGAACUUAGCGAUGCCUUUCUCACUAAUUUCAUUGGCGAGAAGAAGAAGUUGAAGCCCCCUGUGCAUCUAAAUAACAUAGUUCAGAAGGAGGGAGAGCUACAGAAAGACUACAUCAAACGUUUCAACUUUAAAUCACUCCAAGUUCGGAAACAUUCAGAGAAAACGACACUCAAUUCCAUCAUGCAGGGCUUUAGGGAUAAGCCGUUUCUGGCAUCCCUGGACAAGAAUCUGCCUGAGACUUUGGCUGAAUUCAUGACUCUGUCAGAUAAAUACGCAAAUGCCGAGGAAAUAAGAAACUUGCGUAAGGCCGCCCAGAACGCGAAAAUCGGAGCCAAAGAGUCAGUCAAAAAGGAAGUUGACUCGACUGGAGGAAAGAAGCGUAAGGAUGACCGAGCACACGAUGAACGCAAGUCGAGCAAGCAACCUGACCGAAGGUUUUCUACAUACACCCCGCUUAAUAAACCCCAAGAGCAGGUGCUGAUGGAAAUCAAGAGUGAAGGAUUUGUCAAUUAG